AUGGCGCCUCCAGAAAACUCACCAUCCGGUUCUCCAUCCAUCUCCCCGUACCGUGCUCCCCUCUUGUCUGAAGAUACCCCGGAUAGUCUGCCGAACCGCAUGUUCACCUCUACCAUCGUUCCCUCACCCCUUCUGCAGUCCGUCGCCCAAGCUCCUCCAGUCAUGGAUAACGAGGAAAAUCUUCGAAUUAGAGCCAGAGGAUUGCAUGGUCAGUCACAGCUUCGACCACAUCGGGCGUCUGUGGACCAGCUAGGUCCUGGCAGUAGUGAUGACCGAAUAAGAAGAGUGUCUGGUUCUGCACGCCUACGCCAGUCUCUGAGAGAUAAUGAUCCCCGGCAGCUAUCACUGACAGAACGAUCAUAUGGGCCCCGAAUACCUUUAUGGAGACCCGGGCAGAGGCAGUCACUAUAUGAUUGGGCUCCAGCUACACCGCCAGAGGAUGAAUAUGAGAGUCGCUCGCUCCCACUCCCCCCCAUGAUUGAUGGAGGAGAGCCACACGAUGAGAUGCUGAGAGAUCUUUUGCGAUACCGGGCCGACAGUCCGCCGCCUUCUGCAGUCCCCGGACCACUCACUCGGGCAUACCGAAAUCUCGAUAAUGAUGUCCGAAUGCAGAAUUCACGUCUUCUAUUGCGCUCACGGCCCCCGUGGCAUGGCUGGAAUUGGGAUAGGGAACAUGUGCGAGAACGAAGGGAGGACCUAUCCCGCUCCCGCUCCGAGAGAGAUGCUGAGGUAGUGCUCCGCUCUCGCCCGUUUAGGACUCGAGACGAAAAUUACAGGGAUCAAAGUACAGGCCCCUCGUCUUCCUACGAACUUGAGGAAGCUAUUGGGUAUCUGGCAAAACUUCGAUUCAGUAACAGCAGUGAUGAAAGUUUGUGUCUUGCCGUCAAAGCAGGCUUCUUCAGCCGUGGCGAUGACUGGCUUGAGAUUAUUAGAGAUAAAUCCAUGUAUGACGAUCUCUUACUGGACACCCAAUUCAUAAAUGUUGCCGAAACCUCGUGGCUUAAAGUUGGUGGUGUAUUUUGGGGCUCCCAAACAACCCCGAUAAUUUCUGCUGUACCCCCCUCACGUCCCACCAUAUCUUCGGAUUCGUCUUCGGCAUCUUUGCCAUCGAAUACAACUGCUGCCGCAAUAUCUUAUCAAGAUGAUCCCCACAGGGAAUCUGGUAGCGCAUCAUCGUAUUAUAGUAAUAGUAGUCCACACCACUGGACAGUCAAAGUGAUCAUAUCUAGCAUAGAUUACGCGCAGCUACGUCUGACUGGGACUAUGGAAGCAUUCACAGACUUUCAAACAACUGGUGCUGCAGCGAAGACAAGCAUUACGACUUACCUAGAGGGUGAAAUUAUUGAUUUCAAGACGCAUAGUUUGCAAACCUUUAACUUUCCGAGUAGCAUCAAGGAUGAUGCAGGCAACUGGAGAAAGUUAGAGCCAUUCUGCCAAUUAAGCAAUGAAGAGCUCGUGAAGAGUUUGGUUUCUAAGCAGUUCAUGAAUAAUCUCACAAAUAAUUGGGUGUUCAUGAGGUGGAAAGAAAAAUGUUUCAUCUCGCCACAAACCUCUCCUGACGUUGGGGUACUUACAAUAGGCGGUUUUUAUUUCCUGUCGCUCCGCAGAUCAAACGGACAGAUACAAGGGUUUUACUACGAUCCCAAAAGUCAGCCAUAUCAAGAGCUUAAACUUAGACCUCAAAAACGCUUGUUUCCUACUUACGAGUUCCGUUGA